AUGGUCAAAGUCGGAAUCAAUGGGUUCGGUCGUAUUGGCCGUAUCGUUCUCCGUAACGCCCUCCUCGAUAAGCGCAUCGAAGUCGUCGCUGUGAACGACCCUUUCAUCGCGCUUGACUACAUGGUCUACAUGUUCAAGUACGACUCCGUUCACGGCCGCUUCAAGGGCACCGUUGAGGCUAAGGACGGCAAGCUCUAUGUCGAUGGCAAGGCCAUCACCAUCUUCAACGAGAAGGACCCCGGCGCCAUCCAAUGGGGCUCUGUUGGUGCCGACUAUGUCGUCGAGUCCUCCGGUGUUUUCACCACCAUCGACAAAGCCUCUGCCCACUUGAAGGGUGGAGCCAAGAAGGUCAUCAUCUCUGCUCCCUCCGCCGAUGCCCCGAUGUUCGUCUGCGGUGUCAACCUUGACGCUUAUGACUCUAAGUACACCGUCAUCUCCAACGCGUCCUGCACGACCAACUGCCUCGCCCCCCUUGCUAAGGUUAUCCACGACAAGUACGGCAUCGUUGAGGGCUUGAUGAGCACCAUCCACGCCACCACCGCUACCCAGAAGACCGUUGACGGACCUUCCAUGAAGGACUGGCGUGGCGGUCGUGGUGUUAACGGGAACAUCAUCCCUUCGUCCACUGGUGCUGCCAAGGCCGUUGGCAAGGUCAUUCCCAGCCUCAACGGCAAGCUCACUGGUCUCUCAUUCCGUGUCCCGACCAACGACGUCUCCGUUGUUGACCUCGUUGUGCGCCUCGAGAAGUCGGCCACGUACGAGGAUAUCAAACAGACGAUCAAGGAGGCGGCUGCCGGCCCCUACGCGGGCAUCCUCGCGUACACCGACGAUGCGGUCGUGUCGACCGACUUUGUCGGCCACCCGGCGUCGAGCAUCUUCGACGCGAACGCGGGCAUCCAGUUGAACGAUAAGUUCGUGAAGCUGAUCUCUUGGUACGACAACGAGUGGGGUUACUCCAAGCGUGUGUGCGACCUUCUCGUAUUCGCGGCGCAGAAGGACGGCAACGCGUAA